CUGCUUAACUCUGUUAGAAAAAAACAAUGAGAAGGUUCAUGAACUUCAUGUUGUUAGUGCAGCAAACAAUGAGAAAGAGACGAAGAAGAGAAAGACUCAUGGAGAAAAAGAAGAGAAAGACAAAGAUGGCGACACCAAUACCACCGAAACCUUUUGUGCAUGAAGAUUUGAUAAUUGAAAUCCUUCUAUGUUUACCGGUGAAGUCUCUUAUUCGUUUUCAAUGCGUUUCUAAACAGUGGUUUUCUCUUAUAUCUGAUCCCAAUUUUGUCAAAUCACAUUUUCAACUUACACCACACACUCGUAGAAUUGAAUUCAUAUCAAGUGAUUUUGGGCAAACAAUAUCUAUAGAUUUCGAAGAACAAUUUGACUUAGAGAAUGCUUUUGUUAAACAGUGCAAUUUUUUUCAUCCCCAUGCUGAUUCUCUUAUUCAAAUUAUAAGUUCAUGUAGAGGUUUUAUAUUUUUCCAUCAUUCUUCCGGAUUCUGCAUAUUGAAUCCAUGCACCAAAAUUCACAAACAAAUACCUUUAGCUCCGGGUGAAUUUGAAACAAAUUUAGAGUUACGUUAUUUCUAUUAUCUGUAUGGUUUCGGAUAUGAUCCGUUAAGAGAUGAUUACUUGGUGGUUUCACUAUCCUGUAUUCCAGCCGAGGAAGAUCUUUCACGUGUGGAAUAUUUUUCAUUGAAAGAUAACAAGUGGAAGCAAAUUGAGGAUACUUGCUUCCUUUACACAAUCGACAAGAUUGACCCCAGAGUAGGAUCGCUCUAUAACAAUGCUAUUCAUUGGUUGGCUUUACAUUCUGAUUCAUUGGUGGAGGUUAUUAUUGUAUUUGAUUUAAUGGAAAGGGAACUUUUUGAGAUGCCUUAUCCAAAUGGUGUAGAACAUAAGUCUGAUCAUUGUGAGUUGUGGGUAUUUGGAGAAUUUCUUAGCUUAUGGGCUAUGGAUUGUGAAAAUAGUAAAAUUGAAAUAUGGUUGAUGAAAGAAUACAAUGUGCAUUCGUCUUGGAUUAAGGCUAUUGUUCUCCCUAUGAACAUCUUAUCUCCUCAUCAAUUUUCUCCAAUAUGCUCUACAAAAUAUGGUGAUAUCAUUGGAACAGAUGGGUCUAGAUUGAUGAGGUAUACCGACAAAGGAGAGUUUAUAGAGGGUUCCUCAUACAUUCCCUUUGCAGAUACUGCAGUUUCAGGUGGAUUCCCAUCGAUAAUGUAUACAGAAUCUUUGCUUUCACUUCCUGGUGACCACAUGCAAGUUUAUGAAGAUGAUUCAGACUAGAAUAAUCAGAAAAUGGUAGAGUCCUAUAAUAAUUUGAGUGACAGAGGACAAGGCUGAAGGCUUCAAACAUCUUGUUGUCAUACUGAUUACAAAAGAAAAUUUAUGCUAUCCUUUAUUAUGUUUUCUUCUCAGAGAACUAGUAUUCAUCCAUUUGUCACAUUGGUUCUUUUUAUUUUAUUUUAAUGUUCAUUAAACCAUUUUUAGAGAUCAUGGUGGUUUUGUUACUGGUAUGUGUUUCAAGGUUUCGCAUACGACAACUUUCGUCGUACUGGUUUGAGUUGUCUAAAUU